GCCAGCUGUUUAUUUUGAAAUGAAAAGGAUAUUUCUAUUGCCCAUUCUUGAUUGAUGAUGGGUUGAAAUAAAUAGAAACAUAUCCGCUCGAGAUGUACUCAAGGAUAGGUGUGAAUAGCUUGGUAUCAGUGGUGAUUGUCGUCCUGGUGGCUGUCUAUUGGUGCCGUCUUCCAGGAGGAAGUGGUACAAGGAAGGCGGCCAGGAGGCCGCCCAAUCCGGAGGAUCCACUGCCGCCCUCCAAUUCACCGCUGCACCAGUUCUCCCGGGCGGCCAUUUGCUCCGACAGCGAUGUGUGCAGCCAGUCGGCCAGGAGAGUCCUGGAAAAGGGGGGCAGUGCCGUGGACGCGGCCCUGGCUGCCCUGCUUUGCAACGGACUCAUCGGGAUGCAGAGCAUGGGCAUCGGCGGCGGCAUGGUGAUGAAUGUCUACCUGCACCAGGAGCGCAAGUCCUACAGCAUCCUGGCUCGGGAAAUAGCUCCACUUGGGCUGCGGGCGGAGAACUUCUCAGCCUUCCGCGACGAGCAGGAGUUCAAGCGGUCGGGCUGGUCUAUCGCCGUGCCCGCCGAACUGGCCGGAUACGCCGAGGCCCACCAGAGGUUCGGCCGACUACCUUGGCACGAGCUGGUGCGACCCACGCUGAAGCUGUGUCGCCGUGGCUACCAGCUGUACAAGCACCAGCACGAUGCCCUUGUCCUCAACCAGGACAUGGUCAAGGCCGAUCCCGGCCUGCGGCGGAUGUUUAUCGACCCCCAGUCCGGGCAGUUCUGGCCCCUGGGCCACCUCAUCCGGCCGUCGCCUCAAUUGUGCAGCACCUAUGAUCGGCUGGCCAGGGAAGGACCCUACAGCUUCUACAACGGAUCGAUGGCCGACGACCUGCUGGCCGAUCUGAAGGACCUGGGCAGCGCCAUCGGCAGGGAAGACCUCAACCGGGCCCAUGCCAAGAUGAGCAGGGCGACUGUGAUGCCGCUCGACGAGUAUGAUCUUCACCUCACUCCUCCGCCAGGAAGUGGCCACGUCCUGGGCUUCAUAAUGAACAUUUUGCGCCAGUUCCGAGCAGACUUCGCACGGCACCGAACCAUGGGUGUCCGGGAGAUUCAUCUGAUGGUUGAGGCCAUGAAGUUUGGCUUCGUCAAGCGCUGGCAGCUGGACGAAGCAGCCAACGAGGAGCUCCUGGCGCGUCUCAUCAGCCACGAAUUUGCGAACUCUGUAGCCCAGCAAAUCGAUGAAUCGCAGACCUUCAACAGCUCUGAGCGUUAUGGUGCUUCGUCUGGGAUACGGAUUCGGGAUGAGCACGGCACUGCGCACACUUCAGUACUGUUUGAGAACGAUGCCGUCUCUGUCACCAGCUCCAUUAACUUCUAUUUUGGUAGCGGACGCACGGGAAGGCGCACCGGUGUGAUCUUCAACAACGCCAUGUCGGACUUCUCCAUGGAGCAGCUUAAGAACUACUUUGACCUGCCAUUCGUCGCCGGCACAAAUGGCGUAGCUCCCUCCGCCCGGCCCAUGUCAUCGAUGAGUCCGGUCAUCGUCACGAGUCGCUCCUCUGGCAAAGUUCGUCUGGUUGUGGGUGCUGCUGGCGGCACCAAAAUAAUCUCCUCCCUUUUCCCGCUGCUCGUGCGAAUCCUGUGGCAGAACGCGCACAUUAAGGAGGCCAUCGAUGCCAGUCGUAUCCAUCACCAAAUGCUGCCCAACGUGCUGCUCUUCGAGUACGGACUGCUGCAGAGCCACGUAAAGAGCCUGCAGGACAAGGGACAUCAGUGCGAGCGCUAUGAACAGCGCGGCUCCGUCAUCUGCGGCAUUGCUCAGCAGAAUGGCUCCAUUUGGGUGAACUCUGACUUCCGCAAGCCAGGUGGAGUAAGUGGGUUUUGAGAAGGCCCAAUUAGUGUCGUAAAUUCUACAAAACUUGUAUCUCAAUCUCAAUUUUAAUAGCCAACCAGGUCACAUAUUAGUUCCUUUUAGUAGGCUUAUUAAGGCGAUAAAGUAGGUAUAAAUCGAUUUUAGUCUUGCUUUUUUUCGCCUUGGUAAACCGUCUUCUCUCAAGCAAUCACAAUUUUGCAAUGUUAGUUAUAUCAGAACUCUGAAUAAUUUACUACUUUUGUAAUGAACAAGAUAUUGCUUUGAAAAAUACGCUUUGCCAGCACAACGAAAAGUAUAUUUUUACAGUUGAAAAUCUGAUAAAAUAUUUAGUAGUGUUACUUUUUUUUAAACAUUUAGUGUCAUUUUUUUUAUUCCUACGCACAAAAUAAUGAAAUAUUUUUGUCACUAAUUAUAGAUUAGAUAUUCAAUCUAACAUUUUUUCAAUGCUAUUGAAUUACUUACUUUUAUUUAUGCAAACUGAAAAACCAUUCCUAAGGUUCGCAAGCACAACUCUGGAAUAUAUACCAAAAAUUUAAAAAUUGAACCUAAAACGGUACUUUACACAGUAUUAUAUAAAGUUUUUGAUUUUCUAUCAAAAAUGCAUGCCAAUUAGAAUGCCAUUUCUUUUUCUGAAGGGUUUCCAAAGCAAACGUGCCGAGUAAAAAUCCUUCACAGCUCAAAGAUACUUGAAUUUUGUAAGCGUUAAUAUUCCAUUAAAUAUUUGCCUAAAAUUAACGAAAAAUUCCCAAUGAAUUGCUUAAAAAUGUCCAUCGUGCUGCUCAAGACUAUAGCAAAUUUGUUAGGAAUAAUGUUAUUAGGCACAACAAACUUAUUUAAUAGUUUUUUGGACAAUAGAUGCAACAAAUAGUUUGAUUAACAAUGCUCAACUAGAGGGAUGAAACCAAAUAAUUUUGUAGAAGCCAUAAGUUUAUAUGCAAAUGUAAAUAGUGGUAUCAUAAGUGAAUGAUUUAUUUUAAUUUUGUUAUCGGUUACCAAAAUAAUUUAAGUAAUAUUAAAAAUUAAAGUAAUAGCCUAGCUGAAAACUCCCCUAAACAGACGUGUAAAAAUGUUCCCUGUUGCGGUGGCAACAAAUAAAGAGCGUUAUGUAUAA